AACUGUUUAAAAGGAAAUGGCGAGAAGUUCCUUAAGCCUCGAAAUAAAACCAGAAGAAGCAGAGUAAAGACUCACACUUGCUGAACGAGUGAAGUGUGUUUCAGUGAGUUCAGACAAUCAGUCAUGAUGUUUCCUUUCUGCUUCUGUCUUUUCCUCUCUGUGCUUCAUUUUAUUGAUGGAUGUCAUGUUUCAGGUCAUGGAGACCGUAAAGAAGAAACAGGUUACACAGGUGGAUCAGUCCUGCUGCCCUGCUCCUGUACUCACCCUCAGUCUACAGUCGAGAAAUUCACCUGGAAGCGCCACUACAAUAGACCAGGCCAGUGGCCUGAAGUAUUUCAAGAUAAGAAAAACAAGAACAGACUGAAGCUGUUUAAUCAAAGUUCUCCGGCAAAUCUGUCUCUGCUCAUUUCUGACCUCAGAAAGGAGGAUGAAGGGUUAUAUAGGUGUGAGGGUCCACAAACUACACACACAUAUACAGACAUUAACUUGAAAAUUCAAGGGUGUGAUCUGGAUCAGAAUAAAACCGAGGCUGAGAUAACGGGACACUCAGGAGAGUCUGUGGUUCUGCCCUGCUCCUGUACUGAACUACAGGAUAAACCUGAACAACUUACAUGGACAUUUACUGCCCCAAACAAAAACUCUGAAGAGAUUUACCCACAUGAAAAGAGCGAGAGAGUCACAGGUCGAGUCAGACUGUUAAAUGAAAUCUCUCCUGGAAAUCUCUCUCUACAAAUAUCAAAUCUGACCAAAGAGGACCAGGGAGAAUAUCGCUGCUCUGUCUCGUCUCAACAGCACAUCAACAUCAGACUCCGUGUUCAAGAUGAACCUAUAAAACAAGAAGAGGGACCUACAACUAAACUAGAUUUUGAAAAACAACUCUUUAUUCUGCUGUCAGUGCUUCCAGUAGUUUUGUUACUUGCUGUACUAGCCUUGAUCUACUGGAAAUACAGAGGAAGAAGAGAUGCCCAAAAGAUGACCAAUGAUGGACUAGUGCUGUGUAGUGAAAACGAGAAACCGGAUGAUGUAAAUCCUGAAAGUGUAACUCAAGGAGAAAACUUAAAACAGGAUGAAGAUUCGGAUGAGGUGACAUAUUCUUCUGUUGUCCACAUUAAGGCUGACACCAAACCAGCGCACAAACAGUUUGUCAUGGCAGAGUACUCGGAGUACGCCAGCAUCAAAUGAAGUCGAAAUAUACCAUUUUAGGGGCCAAUUAUGCAACAAAGCUGCAGGUUUUUCCUAUUCUUCUUCUUAAUGUUCUUUUUGUAAACAUUUAGAACUUUGACUGUAAUGUAAAAUUUUUCCAAAUGUUUCAUGCAGAUUAGUUUAAGGUAUAUGUUACUCAUUUCGGAUACUGUUAUGGGAUGGAUGUGCUGUGUGGUUGCCCAUUUAGGGCUUUUAACUCUUAUGCAUUCAGCGUGAGAUCUGUGCAGUUGACCCUGUUCUAACACUUUCAUGCCACACGUCCAUUUUCUCACACAGUGAAAACACUCAAAGAAAAGCAUAAGCACCCCGAGUUCAAAUGUAAUAAAUGGACUUUGGUGACAGAGUUAUGGCAACCGCUCCAAUGUGUAUUUUUGUUGUGCUCUGGGGAACAUCAGUUUACAAUGUUUUUGUAGUAUUAUAGCCAAACACAGACUGUUGAUUUCUUGAAAAUGUAUGGUUGGGCAUUCACUUCACGUUUCAGAAUUCAAUCACUGCUCAAAAGCUUUAAAAAAAAAAAAGUUCUGUUCUGCAUGCUUUUGGUUUCUUCUCAUAAUAAUAAUUCACUAGUUUACAUAUAAUAAGAUUAAGCAAAUGUUAAGCAUAUAUGGCAUACUGUUUUGAAGGAGAUCUCUAAGCUCGGAAUAUAGAUCAAAUCCAGAGAAAUCCCCCUAGUAUACAAUGAGAAUAGUUGGGUUGGAGGAGAGAUGCCAGAAAACUGUUGUGGGACAGAGAUGAGUUGCCUGUAAAUAUAUAUGCUUUACAUAUCAUGCAAAUUAAGUUAAUUGACUACAUGAGCUUCACCUAUACUGAAUUGCCUGAUUAUCUGAUCGUGCUCCUGUCGAACUUUGUUAAUAAAACAUUGUACAAAGAUGAUGUAAAUAAGAGAUUAUUUGAUUGUAAAGGAACUUUGUGAGAUCAUGAUGAACUGAAGUGAUUAAAAGCUUUUUAUGCGCUUGUUAUGCUACAUAUAAAACAUUAACAUUUUUAAGAAAAGUUUUUUUGUGUGUGUGUGUUGAGAACCAGCUGACAUUUUGCCACAAAUUAGCAUUACCAAAGAACAUAUUGACUUCACAAGUUGCAAAAAAAAAAAAGAAUCUCCUGCUAAUGUGCAGAAUUGAAUUGUGCUACCACUGAACAAAACAUUGCAUUUCAGCAGUGACUAAUCUGAAUGCAUCUGAUUGGCCAUUGCAUUCAUAGGUUCUAAGCUACAGAAUCGUGUUUGAUCGGUUUUAAUGCACAACGCUGUAAAACUGCAUAAAAAGAAACAUUAUGCAGCAUGAGUAGAUCUCAAUUUAAUAUGGUAAUCAACAAUUUUUGCAAACACAAUUUAUUUGCAA